UCCACGCCCAUAGAGUACAAAAUAACAUUACUAUCUAUAUAUAGUAUCCCUUAUCUUCUUCUUUUUCGCUAAACAUCUUUCUUCUCUAUUCUUCUGAAUCUCAUUCAUUCAUUGGUCAGGAAAAUAAUGAAUAAUCUCACAUUCUAUCCAUCUUUGUCUUCUUCUAUGCUCUCUUUUACGCAGCAAACUCCGGCCAUUGUGUCAUCUUCUCCGACGGAUAUACUUCAGCAGAAACUCCGGUUUGUCGUGGAAUCGUCGUCGGACCGAUGGGCUUACGUCAUUUUAUGGCAAAAGAUGACUGAUGAUAAAUCGGACCGGUCUUACUUGGUUUGGGUUGACGGACAUUUCGGUGGAAACAAGAAUUACAAAUCCCAAGAAAAUUAUACAAGUAACAGCAUCGAGUGUGAGCUGAUGAUGGACGGUGGAGAUUUGGAGUGGUUCUAUGCAACAUCAUUGAAUGGCGGAGAUGGGUCGCCGAGCACGGAAUUUUCCGGCGAAUCUUUGAUAUGGCUAACCGGUUCCGACGAGCUCCGGUUUAGCAACUGUGAUAGGGCUAAAGAAGCCAGUUUCCACGGGGUCCACACGUUCGUCUCCCUACCAAUAAUACACAAUGGCAUUAUCGAACUUGGUUCGUCCGUCACGAUUAAGCAAAACUGGAACUUUAUCAAUUGGGUCAAGUCAAUAUUCGGGUCAGAUGAAACCCCGAGACAAACUAACCAAACCGGUUCUGAUCCUAAACCGGCGGGAUCAGAUCAUUCGGAAGUUGGAAAUCAACAAUCAAAAGCGGAGAGAAAACUGAGGAGCAAAAUCGAUACGACGGAGAAACGGAAUCUUUCGCCGGUUUUGAACCACGUGGAGGCGGAGAGGCAGCGGAGAGAGAAGCUAAACCACCGGUUUUACGCUCUACGUGCCGUCGUACCAAAUGUGUCGCGAAUGGAUAAAGCGUCGCUCUUAUCCGACGCCGUUUCGUACAUCGAAAAUCUCAAAUCCAAAAUCGACGAUCUCGAAAUGGAGAUCAAGAGGUUGAAGACAUUUACUUUAGAAGACAACAGCCUCAACAUUGACCAAGUCAACCAGAAACCUUCGGAAUCAAACAGAGUCUCUGGCCUUGAAGUGCAAGUAAAGAUCGUCGGAGAUGAAGCUGUGGUUAGGGUUGAGACGGACAAUGUGAACCAUCCAACGUCAGCAUUGAUGAGUGCGUUGAUGGAAAUGGAUUGCCGUGUACAACACGCGAGUGCAUCGCGCGUGAGUCAGAUUAUGGUUCAAGAUGUUGUUCUUUGUGUUCCAGACGGAUUAAGAUCAGAAGAUAGGCUUAGGACCACACUUGUUCGAAAGCUAAGAUCAGUCACUCGAGAGCUUAAUUAGUUGUCUACGUAAUGAAUUAAUAUUUUAUUUUUUUAUCAAUGGAGACGUUUGUCGUGAAUUAAUUAGUGUGAGAAAAGUCUCAAGCCAUGUAGAUUAAGAAGACAAACAAAAAUUUAAUUGUUGGUUUAUGUUUGACGAUCAUUCUUUUCAGUCUAUAAUUCUUUUUCUGGAGCCAUCCAAGAAGGAUUAACUCCAGUUUUUUAUUCUAAAUUUAAUCCAUCUGUAAUUGAAAGAUUAACAUUGCAUCAUCA